GCGUCACCUGAGGGGAGAACUGAGUCCAUUCUGGCAGCUGCCAUCUUUGCUGUUUACCUCCUAGUCCACCUCUGCUGGUUAGCACUGGUCCUCAGAGACAAGGUAAGAGGUAUGACUAGCUGUUAACCUCCCAGUCCACCUCUGCUGGUCAGCACUGGUCUUCACUGGUCAGCACUGGUCUUCAUUAGUCAGCACUGGUCUACAGAGACAAGUGUGCUUAGAGAAGGUAGAGUAGUGUGCUUAGAGAAGGUAGAGUAGUGUGCUUAGAGAAGGUAGACUAGUGUGCUUAGAGACAGUAGACUAGUGUGCUUAGAGAAGGUAGACUAGUGUCCCUAGAGAAGGUAGAGUAGUGGGCUUAGAGAAGGUAGACAAGUGUGCUUAGAGAAAGUAGAGUAGUGUUCUUAGAGAAGGUAGACUAGUGUCCCUAGAGAAGGUAGAGUAGUGGGCUUAGAGAAGGUAGACAAGUGUGCUUAGAGAAAGUAGAGUAGUGUUCUUAGAGAAGGUAGACUAGUGUGCUUAGAGAAGGUAGACUAGUGUGCUUAGAGAAAGUAGAGUAGUGUGCUUAGAGAAGAUAGACUAGUGUGCUUAGAGAAGGUACACUAGUGUCCUUAGAAAAGGUAGACUAGUGUGCUUAGAGAAGGUACAGUAGUGUACUUAGAGAAGAUAGACUAGUAUGGUUGCAGAGGGUACAGGGGGAUGAACAGUUUGAGCAGGAUCUGGAAGAGAGGAGGGGAGGGAGACUCAUUCUCUAGAACUGACACCCCAGUGCAACAAACAAGCUCAGCGGACGACUUUUCCGAUGAUGUGGCAUCCACGGGCCAAUCAGGUAGUACUCCUCCGUAUGAACAUAAGGACGGUGCAGGCACUCAGCAGGGGGGCCUGAGGGAGAGCUGGAGGGGCCAUCUGCCUCGGUCAUGGGGAACGGUUAGGGUUACCCUAACCCGGUCAUGGGGAAGUCUCCUACAGAAGUGGAGCAGUGGAGCAGCAGAGUCUGAGCAGGGCCCUGGAGGGGUCCACAUCCUGCCUAACGGCACUAGGGUGAGCCCCCCUGUGAGCCCCCUCCCUCAACGCAGGUGCUCCUCCACCCCCACAGACCUCCACCGCCUAGAGGGGUCUGAGCUCAGUAGUUUGCACCUCGCGGAGCAGUAUGCAGAGAAGCUGGAGGUCUACAACAUGAAGUACUCCUACCUGAAGUCCUGGCCGGGCAUGCUGCGCCUGCUGGCUGGGAUGGAGCUGUUGUUUGCAGGCAUGGUAUUCGCCUGUGUCUGCGCCUACAUCCAGAAGGACAGCCAGUGGUCCAGCGCGUACGGACUUCACAGUGGAGUGCCAGGGUACCAUUACAGGGGCCCCAGGACUCCCUUCGUGCUGGCCAUGGUGGGGCUGUCCUGGGUGGCCACCCUGCUGCUCCUGGUGAUGGGCUUCACCAUGUACUACCGCUCUAUUCUGCUGGACGCCCCCUGGUGGCCACUGACGGAAGCUGCCAUCAACGUAGUCCUGUUCCUGCUCUACAUGGCUGCUGGCAUUGUGUACCUCAACGACCUGAACAGGGGAGGGCUAUGCUACAUGACGGUCGGGGUCAAUCCCCUGCUGUCCAGUCUGUGCAGGGUGGACGGGGGACAGAUGGCAGGCGCUGCGUUCAUCUUCAUCACCAUGGCAAUGUACCUGGUGAGCUUCUUGGUGUGUCUGAAGAUGUGGCGACAUGAGGCAACGAGGCAAGACAGGCAGCGCUGGGAGACAGGCAGAGAGGGCAGAGAGAGGCAGCACUUUGAGAGAGGCAGAGAAGAGGUGAAGCUAAUGGAUAUUAGUAGAGAGUGUCAUCUCCGUGGCGUGGUCUCGUCAGCCCCUUCCACCCCCAGGAGGAUUGUAUUUGAGGAUGAGAUGGGUUCUGAGAGGCAGGUCAGAACCAGCCAGCACAGAACCAGCCAGCACAGACCCAGCCAGCACAAAAACAGCCAGCAUUGGCUGGUUGGGCUCCCAACUGCACCAGACUACACUUCCAAACCCAGACCAGAUUACAUCCUGAAGUUCCCCACGGUGCAGCGCCUGGAGGAACGGGAUGAUUACCGGACCGUGUUUAACGACCAGUACCAGGAGUACCGAGAACUGCAUGCCGAGGUCAGCGCCACCCUGGACAAAUUCACACGCAUGGACGCCAUGAUGGACACCCUGCUGAGGAACGGAGACCAGGGGGAGAAGAUGAGAAUUGAUCAUAUCUUGAAGAAAUAUGAGCUAAAGAAAAAUGACCCAGCCUUCCUGGAAAAGAAGAAACGUUGUGAAUACCUGAAAGCUAAACUCAGCCACAUCAAGGACCGUAUCCGAGAAUACGACCAUAACACAGAGACUUGAAGCUGAAGAACUCGUUACAAUGACAGCCCUCCCUUCUACAGCCCCCCCCAGCACAGCCCCUCCCCAGCCCUCUACCCCCCACGCAACAGCCUCUACCCCCGCAGCAGCCUCUUCCCCUGGAGCCAACACGAGGCCUCCCCUCCAGCAGACUCCAUCUAUCAGGACGAGCGUCCUCAGUUCUUCCACGACUGGUUUUCACCGCCCGGUCUGGUGAAGACCUUCCAGGGCGUCACCAUCCUCAUGAGCUUCCUGAUCUUCGCCUGCGUGGCAUCUACCCUGGUGUGGGACAUGCAUGGCCAUGGGGCAGGGCUGGGGAGCUAUGGGCUGGGGGCCGCGGGGGCUCAGGUGGGCUACUACGGAGGCACCUACGGCUAUGCCAGCUCCUACAUGACCCCCUACUCCGCCAAGUCCGCCAUGAUCUCCAUGGCAGCCAUCAACUUCCUGAUGUCGCUCGGAUUCCUGGUGGGGAGUUUCUCUCGUUCGCGUGCUGCGCGUGGCCGCAGGUUCUACCUGGCGGUGUUGGUGUGUGACGUGGUGCUGGCUGUUCUCCAGGGCAUCAUGGACAUCGUGUUUGUGAUCGGGGUGAACCCUGCGUCUCAGAGCUCCCAGAGUGUGCUGUACAACCCCAUGCUGAGGAUGUGCCAGACCCUGAAGGUGCCCAGCCUGAGUGGCAGCGUGGGGUCCGGGCUCCCAGGGGGAUUCCCCAUGUACAACCAGUACCUAAAACAUUACUGCUUCAUGGACCCUGAGGAGGCUGUGGCGCUGGUGUUGGGUCUGCUUGUGGUCAUAGCUCUGACCAUGGCUGCCUACUACGCCUACAAGACACGCAGUAAGAUCUGGCGCCAUGGCAAAGCCAACAUCUACUGGGAGAGGCCGAUGCUCAGGGCUGCAGAGGGACAGGAUGUCCAGGACUGGGUGAACCAUGUUGGAGAGGGCCGCAGCGUCCUUCAGGCCCCCACGCUUGUCAUCUGUGAGAGAGCUGAUCCCCUGCUCAGGGUCCAGAACAGCGUGGUCGCCUAUGGCGACGGACCAGCAAGCGUCUACAGCGAGGGAACCUACAAUGGUUGUCAUGACAACACCAACGGGCCUAAGGCCAGGCCUCCGGGGGAGAGUCCCAGAACAGAGCAGGCCGACAGCCCGAAGAAGAGCCUGCGCUGCCAGACCCCUCCAGGGGAGAGUCCCAGAACAGAGCAGGCCGACAGCCCGAAGAAGAGCCUGCGCUGCCAGACCCCUCCGGGGGAGAGUCCCAGAACAGAGCAGGCCGACAGCCCGAAGAAGAGCCUGCGCUGCCAGACCCCGCCACCAGAGCUGGAGACCAAGCGUGACCAGACUGGCUACACCACAGCUGGAGAGACUGCGGAGCUGAGGAGGAGCUGGGGAGGAGGUGGGGAAGAUACCAGGGAGGAGGGCCAAGACCAGAGCCACCUCCUGUUCAGCAUGUACCCUGAGAUCAGCUGUGACAAGCAGCGCCAGCAGUGCCGGAGGGAGUUUGCAGCUACCCUGCAGGUCUACAGGAGCCUGUGUGCUGACAUGGAUGACAUCAGUGACCAGCUGCACAAACUGAGCCGCGAGCUGGACUCCCUGGAUGAGAGCUCUGUGAAGUACCAGGGAGUGGCCGAUGAGUACAACCGUCUGAAGGACCUGAAGAGAACCCCAGACUACCUGACCAAGAAGAAGCGGACUCAGGAGCUCAGACAGAAACUCUGCCACAUAAAGCGACUGGUGAAGAACUAUGACAGUGGCUUGUGCUGAAAUUGGUCUCUCUCUCCAUCCAGCCCUGAAUACCACCCUGUGUUCAGGGCCUCAACAA